AUGCUUAGGGUAUGCGCCCGGCAGGCACAAUGGCGUGCUCUAAGACCCGUUCGGAACUUGUCGUCGCAUUCGGAACAAGCAGAUCCCAAUAUUGAGCGGAAACCCGAUUUAUACAGACCUGGGUCAGAUUCGUACGCUUAUGAUAAUCCUUGGCCGAAGCUUAACGGUGGUCGACUUGACUGGCUAUUUGGUGAUGGCUGGAGGCGCCCUUUGGCUAAAGACCAAGGAGCUAAAAUGCGUCGAGAGUGGAUUUGGUUUGGACGAGUAGCCCAUGAUGAACACAAGGAUUGGUUGAAAUUCCAUCAGGGCGUCUUUCUUACGUUCACAGUGCUAACUACAUGGGUGACAUGCUGGAUAAUAUUUGCACGUCCUGAUUGGCCUAUGGGUCGCGAAUGGGCUUUACGUGAAGCUCAUUUGGAAAUUGCAAGACGAGAAAAGGCUGGUCUACCUCUUAUAAGUCCUGACUUGCUUCCAAGGGAGCGUGUUAUGGCUUCACUACCUGCCGAUGAGGAGCUCCGUGACUUCGACAUCUUGAUCUAG